UUAACCCUCCAGGUUUAUGCGGACUUCGAGAUCAUUCCCAAAAUAGACUACUGCACGAGCAAUCACAUGGAGAUAUGGCUGGGAUCACUGUACGCCUAUAAAGGUCUUCUACUGGUGAGUGUUGCAGAUCUGGUUAGGUGGGCCCCUCACUGUACGCCUAUAAAGGUCUUCUACUGGUGAGUGUUGCAGAUCUGGUUAGGUGGGCCCCUCACUGUACGCCUAUAAAGGUCUUCUACUGGUGAGUGUUGCAGAUCUGGUUAGGUGGGCCCCGUGUAAAAGCAGUGGUGUAUUCUUUUGUUAAAUAAUCAUACUCUAGCGUGGGUGGGGGGACCCACACAGACCCUAGCCUAACUAUAAUAUUUUUGGUUACGAAUGCAUGUUUAACUUACAUAAUGAUGAUAGGGCGGGGGAAUUUCUUUAAACUCGAUGAAAUAACUUCUUCCGAUCCAGUCCUUGAUACCACAAUGACUCCACAAUGACUCCACAAUGGCUCCACAAUGACUCCGCAAUGACUCCACAAUGACUGCACAAUGACUCCACAAUGGCUCCACAAUGACUCCACAAUGACCCCACAAUGACUCCACAAUGACUCCACAAUGACUCCACAAUGACUCCACAAUGACUCCGCAAUGACUCCACAAUGACUCCACAAUGACUCCACAAUGGCUCCACAAUGACUCCGCAAUGACUCCACAAUGACUCCACAAUGACUCCACAAUGACUCCACAAUGACUCCACAAUGACUCCACAAUGACUCCACAAUGGCUCAUUGGGUUAAAAUUCUAAUAACUUUAAGACUUUAGACUCAGACUUAAAGUAUUAUAUUUAUCUUUAAAACUUCAUACAAAAAUGUUCCCCAGAUCAAUGAGAAACACAGAAAAUACUUUUUAACUGAUUGAAUUUUAUGAUAAAGAAAUUAUGCUUAAUGUCCACACAUACAACAAAAGAAAACGGUAUUUCAACAAUAAUUGCGUCUUGACUGCUGUCCAGGCCUUCGGCGUCUUCCUGGCCUGGGAGACGCGUCACGUGAGCAUACCCGCCUUGAACGACUCCAAGUACAUCGGGAUGUCCGUGUACAACGUCGUCAUCAUGUGCGUGUGUGGGGCGGCCGUGUCCUUCAUCAUAGAGGACAAGCCCACACAGAGCUUCAUCAUCAUCGGCCUCUUCAUCAUCUUCUGUACCACCAUAACACUGUGCCUUGUGUUUCUGCCUAAGGUAAGUGUGUGUGUGGGGGGGGGGGGGNGAACUUUUUUCCACACAAACUUGUUGAAAUUUCUGUAGUGGUCGCAGGUCAAUUGUGGUCAAAUUAUUUAUUCAUUUCUGGCUUGGCCUACAUAGAUGUUUUGGCCAAGGAUUUAAGAUGACACUAUUUUAUUUUAUUUUUGUCAGUAUAGUUCAUCUAUUAGAGACAAAUCAAGUCUUGUGUGGUGAAAAUAAUGUGACCAUCUAAACAUGCGUAAUCUUUUUUAAAAAAAAAAAAAGAAGAAAAAAAAAAGAGAUACAAAUUGAAAUAAAUGUGCUGAUUUUUUUAGUGAAUCUUGCUCACUGAAUUAUGUUUCUAAAAUAAUAUGUAAUUUAAGAUUUUAAAGAAAAAAAAAAGCAAUGUUGCAAUAGGAAAUCAUUACUGACCUAAUAAACAAAAUGUUCUAGAAAAUCUUAGCAAUGUGUUAGGCCUAUCUACUGAAAAGAUGCAGUAACAUUUUCUUUUUUACCUGGAUUAGACUCAAAUAAAAUAUACACUGUAAAAUGAAAUACACAAAAGAAACCAUUACAAAAAAAUCUAGUUCAGAUGGCAGAUUAGGAGCUUGGUAAACUCUACAGACAGAGGGGCGUUGUUUUCUUGCCUCAUUUUUUUUUCUUCUCCAAUUUUUUGCCUAUUUUUAAUGCUACCUUAAUCACAUCGUCUGCGGCGGAAAAGCCGAUAAGCUUGGUGUAUUCCGUUAGUUUUAGCCUACUCUCUGACCCAAUUACUGGCACACCAGCAUCACGCCAACAAGCGUUGCCAAGUUGGCCGCUAAGGACUAAACCCCCCAAGAAAAAUACAUUGUUGUUUUGGUGGCAUCAGAUGUGAUUAAAAACACGGAUAGUGUCAUUUCUUCCGGCUUAAGGGGAAGCCCGUUUUAAUGAGAUUAAAAAAAUAAAAAAAAUCAUGCCUUUCUAAAAACAUAAGUGGAAGAAAAAAAAAUAUAACUACAGGAAAUCAGAACAAAGAAAAAAAUAAAAGUGCAUCUCUUAAUGCAGCGUUCCCCAAACGGUGGUCCGUGGUUAUGGAUGUUUAAAUAGAAAGAAAAUGUAACUAAUAAAUCUGGCACCGGUCCCUGAUGCAGUUUUGAAACUUGUCCACCGGUCCGUGAAACUUAACAGUUUGGGAAACGCUGCCUUAAUGGAUUUGCUUCGUGGCAUUUUUCAUAUCGGUGAUAGUGCCAGCUGGGUUCCCCCACAUAACAUCCCAUUGCGAUACGCAGAAACGUGUUGAAACCAGAGGUUGAAUUUAUUUAACGCAUUUGUCUAGUUUCGCUUUUUGUUAUAUUUUCUUUGUGUCAAUAUCAAACUUUCAUAUUCGAUGUUUACCAUGCGUCCAUGUGUGUAUUGCAUGAUACACCUUAUAAGGACAUGCGACUGUGGCAUGUGCGGUAUUUGAUUGGGUUACCUCCCCCGUCUGCAGAUCAUACAACUCAAGAGGAAUCCAAAGGGAGACGAGCAGAGGGUGAGGGCGACUCUCAAGAAGUCGACCAAAAAGUCCAAGACGGAGUCGAUGCAGAAAGAGAAAAUCAAAUCU